CGAAAGUAUUCUGGGACAGACAGUAGAGAUUUUUCGAGGGUACUCGUUGCGUCGUUUGGCGGACAAUAUUAAACGAUAAUGAGCACUUUUCCACUCAUAUGUUUCCUCGCGGUGUUGCCUGUCAUCGUGACCACGGGGCACACUUUCGAACUGGAGUGUAAAGAUGUUGAGGCUGAACUCAACAGUAAUGCCACCUUGCACUGCCACGUGGAGCCGGAGGGACCAAUCACGAAAGAGGAUUAUGUAGAGUGGUGUCGUGUAGUAAAAGAAGGGGACAAUAAAACUGUGCAUGUUUAUAGAAAUGGGAACGACUAUCCAGAUGAACAAGACGCAGAUUUCCGAGGCCGGACAAAAAUGCUAAAUGAUAGUUUGAAAAAUGGAAACAUUUUAGUUCAAAUCUACAAUGUAAUGCUAAAUGAUAGUGGGACGUAUAAAUGUUCAGUGCAAAUCAAGGGUACCUGGAAAGAAAGUUCUGUCAGACUUACUGUGAAGUCUAAGCGUUCACCACAGGAACAAGGUGUAACAACAUCUACCCCAACCACCUCACCACCAAAAAAUGUCCUUUCAGAUGGUGAGAUUGCUGGGAUUGCUGUUGCUGUUGCUGUUGUUGUUGUUGCUGCUGCACUGGUGUUUCUAAUCCGUUACAUUAAGCGACGUAAUCAAGCCAAUCAGGAGCAAAGCAUGACUAUGCAAGAACUCAGUCAACGAGACAAUCAGGGGCAAGAGUCGGCCAAUGAAGAGCGAGAACCACUCAAUCAGGGGCAAGAGUCGGCCAAUGAAGAGCGAGAACCACUCAAUCAGGGGCAAGAGUCGGCCAAUGAAGAGCGAGAACCACUCAAUCAGGGGCAAGAGUCGGCCAAUGAAGAGCGAGAACCACUCAAUCAGGGGCAAGAGUCGGCCAAUGAAGAGCGAGAACCACUCAAUCAGGGGCAAGAGCCGGCCAAUGAAGAGCGAGAACCACUCAAUCAGGGGCAAGAGUCGGCCAAUGAAGAGCGAGAACCACUCAAUCAGGGGCAAGAGCCGGCCAAUGAAGAGCGAGAACCACUCAAUCAGGGGCAAGAGCCGGCCAAUCAGCAGCAAGAAGAACUGAACGCUGAGCAAGAACCAGCCAAUCAGGGAACAAAAGGCCAAUAA